AUGCCUGAAAUUGAAACAAUUUUGAAACAAGCUGCUAUGCAAGUUGGAGCUGGAGGUAGUGCUGGAUUUAUUGAAGUGUGCAUUAUGCAUCCACUGGAUCUCGUAAAAACAAGAUUGCAGUUGCAAUCUACAACGACAAAAAUUAAUCACUCUGAUCCACAUUAUUACCGAGGGAUAAUAGACUGUAUGAAAAAAAUGCAACAGCAUGAGGGGUUAUUAUCAUUCUGGAAGGGAAUAUUACCGCCAAUUUUAGCAGAAACUCCAAAACGAGCUGUGAAGUUUGUUACCUUUGAACAGUAUAAACGAUUUUUUAUGUUUGGCUCACCGACUCCAACACCUUUAACAUUUGCAUUAGCCGGCUUAGGAGCUGGCAUCACUGAAGCAGUGUUAGUGAACCCGUUCGAAGUAGUCAAAGUGACUCUUCAGUCGAAUAAGCAGCUUGCUACCCAAAGCCCCAGCACUUGGGCGGUGACCAGGGAGAUAGUAAGAGAAAGUGGUCUCGGCUUUAGAGGGCUCAAUAAAGGAUUGACAGCGACGAUAGCCAGAAAUGGCAUCUUCAAUAUGGUCUACUUCGGCUUUUAUCACAGCGUGAAAGGAUACUUGCCAGAAUACCAGGAUCCACUUCUCGAGUUUGGGCGGAAAGUCCUAAUAGGCUUUACGUCAGGCGUCUUAGGUUCGUGUGUGAAUAUACCAUUUGAUGUUGCCAAGAGUCGAAUCCAAGGUCCACAGCCUGUGCCUGGAGUGAUCAAAUAUAGUUCGACCAGUGGAGCAAUUUGUCUCGUCUAUAAGGAGGAAGGUUUUCGAGCUCUGUACAAAGGAUUGUUACCGAAAGUACUUCGAUUGGGCCCUGGUGGUGCAAUAAUGUUGGUUGUGUAUGACUAUGUCUAUCACUUCUUAGAAAAUAAGUUUGACAGUAAGCCAAAUAUUUAA